CCGGGGAAUGCCCCGGGCGGGGACCAGGCAGCUCCCGCUGUCCCCCGGGCUCGGGUGGCAGCCGGGCAGGGAGGCGGAGACCUCGUACCUUUCCCGGCGGGGGCCGUCCCCCGGGGUGGGCCGGGCUAGGAGCGCUGCUGGAGCGGCGGAGGGAGUGUGUGAGAGACGCCCCGGCGGUGGCUGGCUGUCCCUCUCCCGCCUUCCUUCCCCGGGGCAGCGCCGGGGUUGCAUCCCUGCCUCCCGCCCCAGCAGCGGCUGCCCCUUUCCCUCCUUCAUCGCGCACACUCCUCCUCCGCCUUCCCCCUACGCCCCUCCGGCCAUGACCUCCUCCCCCAAGCCUGAGAAGAGACGCUGGAGCUUGGGACGGCUGCCUGGGUCCCGGAAAGGGAGCAUGACUCCCAGCAAGAAGCCCUCCGCCCUGGAGCUGGCCGAAAGCACCCCCAAUGCCCACUACGCCCCUAUGGCCCCCGACCAGGAGCAGAUGCAGCAGGGCUCCAGCCAGCCGGCGGAUCCGGAUCGGGGCGAGCCGCCCUACAAGAGAGAGAUGGUGGUGGUGAACACGGACUGCCCCCGGCCACACAUCAACUUGGACCCUCGGGUCUCCAUCUACAGCAUCCGCAGACCGCUGCUGAGCAGGACCAACAUCCAAGGCAGGGUCUAUAACUUCCUAGAGAGACCCACCGGCUGGAAGUGCUUCGUGUAUCACUUCACUGUUUUCCUUAUAGUGCUGAUCUGCCUCAUAUUCAGUGUGCUUUCUACAAUUGAACAAUAUGCAACUCUGGCCACAGGGACAUUAUUUUGGAUGGAAAUUGUAUUAGUGGUGUUUUUUGGAACGGAGUAUGUGAUUCGCUUAUGGUCAGCAGGAUGCCGUAGUAAAUAUGUUGGAUUAUGGGGAAGGCUUCGUUUUGCUAGGAAGCCUAUUUCUAUCAUUGAUUUAAUUGUAGUUGUUGCUUCAAUGAUUGUUCUUUGUGUGGGCUCCAAAGGUCAAGUCUUUGCAACCUCAGCUAUCAGGGGUAUCCGUUUUCUGCAGAUCCUACGAAUGCUACAUGUUGACCGACAGGGUGGCACAUGGAGACUGUUGGGAUCAGUAGUUUUCAUACACAGACAAGAAUUAAUAACUACCUUGUAUAUUGGGUUUCUGGGCCUGAUUUUUUCAUCUUAUUUUGUGUAUUUGGCUGAAAAAGACGCUGUGAAUGAUUCAGGACAAACAGAGUUUGGCAGCUAUGCAGAUGCCCUGUGGUGGGGAGUCGUGACUGUUACAACUAUUGGUUAUGGGGAUAAGGUACCUCAGACAUGGAUAGGAAAGACCAUUGCAUCUUGUUUUUCCGUGUUUGCUAUCUCAUUUUUUGCCCUUCCUGCGGGAAUUCUCGGUUCAGGCUUUGCCUUGAAGGUACAACAGAAACAAAGACAGAAACACUUUAACCGUCAAAUCCCAGCUGCUGCGUCUCUCAUUCAGACUGCAUGGAGGUGCUAUGCAGCAGAAAACCCAGAUUCUUCUACGUGGAAAAUAUACAUAAGAAAACCUGCCAAAAAUUAUCAUUUGAUGUCACCUAGUCCAAAACCAAAGAAAUCAGUAAUGGUAUCGGUGAAGAAGAAGUUUAAGACAGAGAAGGACAAUGGACCUUCUUCUCCAGAUAAAAUGUUAACUGUUCCGCAGAUCACUUAUGACCACGUGAUGGAUGAUAGGAAGUCUGACUUUAAUAUUGAUGCAUAUGAAAAUUCUGUGAAAAAGAGUCCUGCAUUUUUAGAUGUGAACACAGUACCCUUCAUCAGGACCAACAGCUUUGCAGAUGAGCUUGACCUGGAGGGUGAAACAUUGCUGACCCCAAUAACUCACAUCUCACAGCUGCGAGAACACCACCGUGCUGCCAUUAAGGUGAUACGACGGAUGCAGUACUUUGUGGCAAAGAAAAAAUUUCAGCAAGCCAGAAAACCUUAUGAUGUACGAGAUGUUAUUGAACAGUAUUCUCAGGGUCAUCUCAACUUGAUGGUACGAAUCAAAGAGUUGCAAAGAAGGUUGGACCAAUCUAUAGGGAAGCCAUCUCUUUUUAUUUCUGUCUCAGAAAAAAGCAAAGACCGAGGGACUAACACGAUUGGUGCAAGGCUGAACAGAGUGGAAGACAAGGUAAUGCAAAUGGACCAGAAAUUGAACCUCAUUACAGAUAUGCUGCAUCACCUGGUUUCCAGUCAGCAGGCUGGCCAAAGCAGUAAUGGAUCAUCUCAGAGAAGCAACCCUGUUAACUCAGAUCACUUCCUCCCUAACAACACCCUCCCCACUUAUGAACAACUGACAAUACCAAGAAGAAUCCAAGACGACAUAUCCUGAUAUGGUAGAAAUACAGGUGGUUGUUUUUCCCCUUUUUAAAUGGAACUGAAGGUUGUGAAUCUGGAAAGAGUUAAAUUUCUCAGCCACAUGGAACACACAUGACUACUGAAUCAAUGUUUCUAGCCUCCGAAACACUCCUUCCAAUGACAGUCACUCAUAUCAGAUGAAGGUUUAUCAACCUAACACACCUCAAGGCCUCUGUGCUGUGUUGUACAGCACAGUACACUCUUAAGUUCCAUUUUUAUUUUGUUCAAGAACAGUCGAGUGCAAUUCAUCAUGGCACUGCAAGACCAAAACAAUAUAAAAGGCAGGCAAAAUAGCAAGGAAUUUGUGGCUCCUUUUAAAGGAAAAAUAGUAAUACUUGAACUUAGAUAGCAAUGUGUGCAUUCUGUUUAUGAAUCUACUGAUAGCAAUAUAGUUUUACUAGUUAGAUUUUAAAGCAAAAUGGGGUAACAUGUUGAUUUUAUUGUAUAAACAUACCACUGACAUUCUAGAGAAUGACAAACCGCACAGUUAAUUAUUUUCUUUUUCCUGUUACAUGAACACUUACCAGAUAAUGACUAGAUUUUCUUUUUAAUCUGUUUUUCUUCAGGGAAGAAGUAGUGGUUAAUCUGAAACAAUACUAUUUAUAGAGGACAGUGCUAUAGAUUUUUUAAGAUACGAAGUUUUCAUGGGAGAAGGAUAAAAUAUUGCAAUGAAAAAAAAAAAUUCUGCUUUCUAGAAAACUGCUGCCAAAGAGUUUAUAUAUAAAUGUUAACACAACUAUCUAAAUGUGCUUGUCCAGAAAGAUCUUUUAAAAACGAGUGUUCACUGCUUUUAUAUUUUUCUAUAUCUAAUUUCUGUAGCAUUAUUUCCAAAAAUGUUACAAGUAAAUACAUGCAAAAGUCUAAAGCAACUGGAUCUUGCUGGUCAAGUGCUUGAAUCCACCAGUUAUUGGGCAUCCACAGCUCCCAUAGGAACCAAGGCCCCAGUCAGAAAUGCAUCUCUAGUCGGUACAGCAUGUAAGCACAUACAUUAAGUCCUUAAGCAUGUUUUUUCCUGAUUAGGGAUAGACUUAAGCACAUACCUAAGUGCUUUCCUGAAUCAGGGACUCAAAUCACUCAGCUCUCAACAGGAAAUACUCAACACCCCCAAAGCCUUAGGCCGUAAUGUAGAGGACCACGGCCAUUAAAACCAAAGACUCACAUUGACUUGGUCAUUCAGGCUCCAAAUCUCGCUUGUCACACUCAUACAAGUAGUCCCUGCUGAAGUCAGUGGGCCAAAUUCUGCCCUCAUUUAUGCCAGUGUAAAUCUGGAGUAACUCCACUGAAGUUAAUGGAGUUCCUCCACAUUUAUUUUUGUAUUAAUGAGAGCAGAAUUUGGCCCAGUGUGACUACUCACAUGAGUGAGGUGAACAGGAUUUGGACUUAGGUGACUUAGAGUGAAAUUCACCCCGUACAGAAAGCCAGCACAAAGCCUAUCCACUUUGAAGGCUUCAGUAGGACUUAAAUGGUGCACAAGUCUUGUAUUGGCUCUCUAAACAUGGAUGAAGUUCACCCUGGUUGAGAGAGUGACCGAAAAUGGUGAUUACAAAACAAAUAUUUAGGCCAAAUUAAUGACUAGGUUUAUUGCAGGUAAAUGAAGAGGAGGGUAGAUGGGUCACAAACUCUUCUACUGUUGUAGCAAUAGAUAUAAAAAUCAAAGAUCUGAAUAUUUAGUCCUGUACAUUUGAAAGGAAUUGGACUGUAUUGCAAAACGGAUGCCCCACUUAAUAUUACAUAGUUAACCUCACCACACUUCAACAUAUGAGUAAUAUGAAAUACUUGUGCAUAUCGAUUGAAUUGAGCUCACAGGGUAGUAUAGGUAAUAGGUCUGGGCUUUGUUUUAAACAUUUCAUCUUCUAACAUGUUUUAUCUCGGUUGGAUUAUAGAGCAAAGCUUACUGUAUCUCCUCAUACCAACUGUUAACAUGAUUCAGUCUUGCUGCUAUACAGUAGAUCAUUUUAAGGGUUUAGAAAUUUACAGAUGUAAACAGGGACUAUUUCUGGGCAUUAUGUUUUAUAGAAAUCAAAAAUAAUUGUGAUGAUUUUGAAUUUGUUUUUUUAAUGAGGUUCACUGUGUAAUUUCAGGUUAUUAAUCUGACUGUUAAUUUCCUAAUAAAAUACAGGACAGA